UUUCCUAACUUGACUUCGAUAUUCCCAAAAUUAACUUUUCCUAGUAUCACUACAUAGUUUUGACUCUCUUUCCCUCUAUAUAUAUGUGUCUAAAUUCAAUAACUAAAUCAUCAAUAUACUAAUCAAAACAUAAGACAUGGACUUCUUCUUUGUGUCUCUCCUUGGCCUCUUUGUUUCCUUUGUAUUCUUCUCUCUUAACUACAUCUUCUACAAGAACAAAUCGAGCUCAUCUGGGACGCUUCCUCCCGGCAAGACUGGAUUGCCAGUGGUUGGCGAAACCCUAGAGUUUCUCACCACUGGGUGGAAGGGCUACCCCGAAAAGUUCAUUUACGAUCGGAUGGCUAAGUACUCAUCCAAAGUUUUCAGGACUCACCUACUUGGAGAAAAGGCUGCCGUUUUCUGUGGUGCUGCUGGUAAUAAGUUUUUGUUCUCAAAUGAGAAUAAACUUGUCCAAGCAUGGUGGCCUGCAUCUUUUGACAAAGUUUUCCCAUCUUCUAAUCAAACUUCAUCAAAAGAAGAAGCCAUAAAAAUGCGAAAAAUGCUUCCGAAUUUCCUCAAACCCGAAGCCUUACAACGAUACAUCGGUAUAAUGGAUCAUAUUGCACAAAGACACUUUACUGAUGACUGGGAAAACAAGAAUGAAAUUGUUGCUUUCCCCCUUGCAAAGAAAUUCACUUUCUGGCUGGCCUGCCGUUUGUUUGUAAGCGUCGAAGAUCCCAACCACGUUGCUAGAUUUGCUGAUCCUUUCGACCUUCUAGCAUCUGGACUUAUUUCCCUUCCCAUAGACUUGCCCGGAACGCCAUUUAAUCGUGCCAUCAAGGCCUCAAAUUUCAUCCGUAAAGAGCUUGUUGCCAUAAUCAAACAGCGAAAACUUGAUUUAGCUGAAGGAAAAGCAUCGCCAACACAAGAUAUAUUGUCUCACAUGCUCUUGACUAGUGAUGAAAAUGGAAAAUUCAUGCAUGAAUUGGAUAUUGCUGAUAAGAUUUUAGGCCUGCUUAUUGGAGGCCAUGAUACUGCUAGUUCUGCAUGCACUUUCAUUAUCAAGUUUCUUGCAGAGUUGCCUGAGGUAUAUGACGGAGUCUACAGGGAACAAAUAGAGAUUGCCAAAUCAAAAGCUCCAGGUGAAUUGCUGAACUGGGAAGACAUAAAGAAAAUGAAAUAUUCAUGGAAUGUGGCAUGUGAAGUGAUGAGACUAGCACCACCCCUCCAAGGAGCUUUUAGAGAAGCCAUUACUGAUUUCAUGUACAAUGGUUUUGAAAUUCCAAAGGGAUGGAAGUUAUACUGGAGUGCAAAUUCGACACACAGGAAUCCCGAGUUCUUCCCCGAGCCACUGAAAUUUGAUCCUUCAAGAUUUGAUGGAUCAGGACCAGCUCCUUUCACAUUUGUUCCAUUUGGUGGAGGACCUAGAAUGUGCCCAGGAAAAGAGUAUGCCCGUCUCGAAAUUCUUGUUUUUAUGCACCAUCUUGUGAAAAGGUUCAAGUGGGAGAAAAUAAUUCCAGAUGAGAAGAUUGUUGUUAAUCCAAUGCCAAUUCCUGCCAAGGGUCUUCCUGUUCGCCUCUAUCCUCACACAGCUUAAUUAAAUUCAAUUUCAAGUUUGAUCGUGCCUAGAAUUGCUCGAAAAGAACACCUUUUAGGUGCUUUUGAACACGGCCAAAUAUGCUUUCAACUUUUAAUCUUCUACGAAUUGUAUUUUUGUUUUCAGAGUAUCUGUAUUUCCCCUCGUGCUUUUCUUAGUCGGAUGGAAAAUAAAAAUAAUUUAGUUAAAAACAGAUCGUUUAUAUGUAAAAAAAGGGUAUUUUAAACGAAAAUAAAAUAAAAAUGUAACAGGGUUGUGAUUCAUCUUGAGCGAUGAAAGCGGGGCUGCAUCGAAAGAUUCGCCUAAAGAAAA